CGCACAUACGAACCACCAUUAGUAGCCACCUAGAUACGCAUAUCAGGACCAUCAUUAUUAUUAUAAGCAUCGAUAGCAAUUAAAUCAAUCAACAUACAGUGAAAACACAUCGUCCAUUCAAUAAUCAAGAAAUAUAUAUCUACGAAUGAAACAAAUGUUCUGGAUUUUUGAUCCACUUUCAAAAACAUUUACGACCAAGCAACAGUCAAUGCAAUGCCAACUCAUCAAAAUCUUAUCAAAUCAAAUUCAACAUCACAAUUAUCACCGAAUCAAACCACUGUCCAAUUGAAUAAUGAUGGUAAAGAAGGUCGAAAAAGUAUUGUCAUUGGAGCCGAAUAUACAGUAUCCGUAUCACAAACAAAACAUAUCACAAAUCAUCAAUAUGAUGAUCAUGGCCAUGAAUCUAUUGCUGAAUUAUAUCCAAAUGUUGAUGAAGAUAUCGAUACAUUGGGUCAACGAGAAACAUGGAACAAAAAAUUGGAUUUUCUUCUUUCAGUUAUCGGAUUUGCUGUAGAUCUUUCUAAUGUGUGGCGUUUUCCAUAUUUAUGCUUCAAAAAUGGCGGUGGUGCAUUUCUUAUUCCAUAUUUAAUAAUGUUAGCCAUCGGUGGUGUUCCAUUAUUUUUUAUGGAAUUGGCUCUUGGACAAUAUCAUCGUAAAGGAGCCAUCACUUGUUGGAGCCGUGUUGUGCCUCUAUUCAAAGGCAUCGGAUAUUCAGUAGUUUUGAUUGCAUUCUAUGUUGAUCUUUAUUAUAAUGUAAUCAUUGCCUGGGCAUUACAUUUCUUUUUCAAAUCUUUCUCUACCGAGCUUCCUUGGUCCAAGUGCAAUAAUGAAUGGAAUACCGAUAAAUGUUUUGAAAUUAAUGACAUAACCCUUACGAAUCAGGCAAAUACAUCGAAUUUAAUUCGUAAUUCAGCUGCAUUGGAAUAUUUUAGCCGACAAUUUUUACAAUUCCACGAAAGUCCUGGUAUACAUAAUUUAGGUGAAAUUCGUAUCGAAAUCGCCUUUAGUUUAUUGAUGGUCUAUAUUAUCUGUUAUUUCAGUUUAUGGAAAGGCAUAUCAACAUCAGGUAAUGUUGUCUGGUUCACAGCAUUGUUUCCAUAUGUUGUUCUUUUUAUAUUACUUAUUCGUGGAAUAAUGCUUCCAGGAGCUAUCGAUGGUAUCCGUUAUUAUUUAACACCAGAUUUCAACGCCCUCUAUGAUGCAAAUGUAUGGGUUGAUGCAGCUACACAGGUAUUCUUCUCGUUGGGACCAGGAUUUGGUGUAUUGUUGGCAUUUGCAAGUUAUAAUAAAUUCCAUAACAAUGUUCAUCGUGAUGCCGUUUUGACCAGUGCAAUAAACAGUGCAACUAGUUUUUUGGCUGGUUUUGUCAUCUUUUCCGUAUUAGGCUAUAUGGCCAAAAGACUUAAUGUAGAUGUUAAAGAUAUUGCCGCCGAAGGUCCCGGAUUGGUAUUCAUUGUUUAUCCGGAAGCCAUUUCAACUAUGCCAGCUGGUCCAAUCUGGGCAGUAAUAUUUUUUCUGAUGUUACUGACAUUAGGCCUCGAUAGUUCAUUUGGAGGAAGUGAAGCCAUCAUAACUGCUAUCAGUGAUGAAUAUCCAAUUGUCAAACGUAAUCGAGAAGCAUUUGUGGCCAUACUAUUUUCGUUUUAUUUUCUUAUUGGAUUGGCCAGUUGUACUCAGGGUGGUGUAUAUAUCGUACAUUUUAUGGAUCGUUUCGCAGCUGGUUAUUCCAUUUUAUUUGCUGUUUUAUUCGAAUCGAUUGCCAUUUCUUGGAUAUAUGGCGUUCGACGUUUUUCACAAGACAUAAAAUUAAUGGUUGGAUUUGAAAUCUGUUGGUGGUGGAAAUUCUGUUGGGCAAUCAUGGCUCCGUUCUUCAUUAUGUUCAUUAUAGUAUAUGGAUUAAUUAACUACGAACCAUUGAAAUAUCAUGAUUACGAAUAUCCAAUAUGGAUCAAUUAUUUGGGGUUGGUCGUUGCUGCAUCUUCAGUUCUUUGUAUACCAAUAACUGCUUUAUGGUUGAUUAUCAUUACUCCUGGAUCAUUUAAAGAGAGAAUAAUAAAACUUCUUAAACCAUAUGAAGAACAGCGAAGAAAAAUAUUAAUGUUACGUGUAGCAAAAGUUUCCAAAAGUAUGGAUACAUUUACACCGAUCAAAUCAACUAAUAGAUCGCCCAUUAGUAAAGUUUAAACAACAACAACAGCAAC